AAAAUCAAUCCCAAAUUUUAAGAAUACGAAAAAACCCACGAAAAAUGUAGGAUUCUAUCAUAAAUAGCAAUCCAUCAGGUGGUAAAUGUAAUGCAAUCAUCCAGAGAGUGCCACCGCCUAUCAGAAAGAUUGCCAAAUUUCUUUGUAAUAUUUAAUGAACCCAUACACCUAAAGAGUAAAGAGGGAGACGAUCCCUUUCUUUUUAGGCACGCACCAGCGCACACACAACCCAAACCAAUCCACACUCACCUUCUCAAACCCCCUCGUCUUUAGAAGUGGAUUGCCGCUGAGAUUAAAUGACGACUAAUGAAGAAACGGUGGAGUUGGAAGAUGCCAACGGCAACCGGGAUUCGCAUGGGAACAUCAGGCUGAGGCUGGGAGAUCCAUCCAAGAAAGUGGCUCAGACGAAGCAGAUGCUGUCUAAACAAGCAGUGCAGACCAGAGACAUCUUGUCCAAACAGGCACUCAAGAUUGCCAAACAGGCUGAAGAGCACGAAAGAUUCAUCAACAAGGUGACACACUUGAUAGGUGUUCUUGGCUUUGGAGGCUUUUGCUUUGUCUUGGGAGCAAGGCCACAGGAUGUCCGGUACCUGUAUUGUUUGUUCUACGUGAUAUUUGUGCCCCUUCGAUGGAUAUAUUACAGAUACAAGAAAUGGCACUAUUAUCUUCUGGAUUUUUGUUAUUAUGCCAAUACAAUCUUCUUGAUUAUGCUGCUGUUUUGUCCGAGGAACGAGAAGCUUUUCAUGGUUUGCUUCUCAUUUGCAGAGGGGCCGUUGGCAUGGGCACUGAUUGUUUGGCGUUGUAGCUUGGUUUUCAAUUCUGUGGACAAAAUUGUAAGCGUCUUCAUACAUCUCUUGCCAGGAUUAGUUUUCUUCACUAUAAGAUGGUGGGACCCUGUGUUUGUCGAAGCCAUGCGUCCUGAUGGCUCCACUAGUAGAUCAUCUUGGGCUUAUACGGAAAGCAAAUCAUAUCUAUGGACUUGGCUUUUCCUUGUUCCGUUAGUUGCUUAUAUUGUUUGGCAGAUUCUCUAUUUUCUCAUUGUAGAUGUCCUGCGUCGACAAAGACUACUCCGAGAUCCAGAAGUCAUGACUUCCUACAGGGAACUCUCAAAAAAAGCACAGAAAGCAAACAACAUGUGGUGGCGGUUUAGUGGGUUGCUCGGUGACCAGAAUCGCUUGUUCAUGUAUAUUCUGCUACAGGCUAUGUUCACUGUGGCAACCACGGCGCUCACAGUCCCUAUAUUCUUGUCAUACGAACUGCACGUGACGUUCCAGUUGCUCAAGAUCUCUGCAUCUGUAUGGAAUGGAGGUAACUUCUUGCUAGAAGUGAUGCCAAGGCAAGUUGUUAUGAAAGAGAGAAAGAAAAUGGAGAUGCAACCGCUCAAUGCUCAGAUAGACCAACCAGCACCCGGUGAUUCAACCGGAGAAAAUGGUUCAUCUCAUGUAGUAGAAUCCCAGUAGCAUCCGUUUAAAUGAACCUUGUUUCUUGAUUUAAUUCAUUCCUGCAGAUUUUUCCCUGUUUCAAUAGUACAGUUGGGGGAAGUGAUGAAUCUUGAUGUUGGAGAAAAUAGUUUGAUUGUAUAUUGAAAAAUGAUGGUCGUUUGACACCCUUUUAUCUACUAAAAGGUUCUUGAGAA